UGAAGCUAACUUCACGUCAGAAAUCUGCGCGCACAGAGAAAGCGGCCGCGGAGCUACGAUGCGCUCAGCGUUCACCGACCGGGCAACCGAGAAUAAAAACGGAAGACGAGGCGAAGCUCCGGGACUUUCUUAACACCGAGUGGACCGAGUGAGCCGUGAGAGGGAGCCUGCGUGCCGGCCGUGGGAGGCGGGGAGAAGCUGUGGGAGAAGCUGGGCUCGCACAGGACCGGACAGGGCGGGGUGAUGUUUAGGUUCCGGUAUAAAGGCAGCCAGAAAAUGGGAACCAGACGAGAUGUGGAGCCGGCUGCCGUGGUUUUCUACCGGAGACUAGAAUGAGAAGCUCACCGUGCUGGUGUAACCGGGCGGCGGUGUAAGCCGUCUGUGGAGGCCGGAGCAGCGUGUCUCUGCGGCGCCCCUCCGCCCCCCGCCCGCCACUAACAUGAUAUUUACAUUCUGCUGUCUCUUCCUCGUUACCGGAGGGGACCGGGCGUGGGCCGCCGGGAACCUCACCGUCGACAGCAGCGACGACACCAACCUGACGGCCGACAGCAGCAGCAGGUUCAUCCGAAUCGGGGACGGGUCGUCGCAGGAGUUCGAGUUCCCCGAAAACACCAACGGCGUGAUUGUAAUCUCCAGCCGGUACCGGAGCCAGGCCAGCAGGAAGGGCCGCCAGAGCUGGAAGGAGACCGUGAGAGUCCGCUCCCUGGACCCGGAGGUCCUCUCCAUCCUCAACGUGACGGACAGCGGCCACGCAGGACCAGCAAAGAGCUACAUAAUCAGCAUCCGCUCUGGUUUCCCAGGCAGAGCCCAGCUCCAGAUCCAGCUGUUGGAUUUGGAUCAGGACUCAGGUCCGGUUCUGAUAGAAGAGAGGACGGAUUACUCCAUCAGAGUGGCGCCCGGUAAUGACGACCCGGCCACCAGGCUCAUCCAGUCUGGUGGCCUGUCCCAUUUCUCUGAGAACCCGGUGCUGUUCGCCUUGCUGCCCCUCAUCUUCGUCAACAAGUGUGCCUUUGGGUGCAAGGUGGAGGUGGAGGUGCUGCGUGGUCUGCUGAGGAGCCCGGUGCCGCUGGUCUUAGGGGUUCUGGGUCAGUUCCUGGUGAUGCCCUUGUACGCCUACUGUGUAUCCCGGCUUGCCACGCUGCCCAAAGCGCUCUCCCUGGGUCUGGUCAUCACCUGCUCGGCGCCCGGCGGCGGUGGCGGCUACCUGUACAGCCUGCUCCUCGGAGGGGACGUCACCCUGGCCAUCUCCAUGACCCUGGUGUCCACGGUGGUGGCGGCGGCGGCCAUGCCUCUGUCGUCGGCUCUGUACGGUCACCUUCUGGGCGUCCACGCCGCCUUGCACGUCCCCUUUGUGAAGAUCCUCGGCACCCUCCUGUUCAUCGCCAUCCCCAUCUCGCUUGGCAUGCUGGUCAAGCUGCGCCUGCCCGCCUUGACGCGAGUCCUGCUGGCCCUCAUCAGACCGUUCAGCUUCGUGCUCAUCGUAGGCGGCAUCUUCAUGGCCUACCAAAUGGGCGCGUCCAUUCUGGCCAACGUCAAGCCUCAGAUCGUGGCGGUUGGGGUGACGGUGCCUUUGUUGGGGCUGAUAGUUGGAGCCAUUAUGGGUAAGGUGGCCGGCUUGGCGCCACCGCAGAGGAAGACAGUCAGCAUCGAGGUCGGCGUCCAGAACAGCCUGCUGGCGCUCGCCGUCAUGCAGCUGUCUUUCCGGCGGGCUGAGGCCGACUUCGCGUCCCAGGCGCCGUUCAUCGUGGCCCUCAGCAGCACCUCGGAGAUGCUGCUCAUCGUCCUGGGGUACUUCGCCCAUCGGAAGUUGUGCGGCUCCGCCGUCCCCAGGAGCGACGCCUGAUUGUAGCCAGGACAUUUUUUUUUCGAAGACUCUUUGGAAACCUGUGGAAAACUUGGCGUUCCACACAAGACGCCCAACAAUCACCAAUCCAGCCGUCACUGUCGCGAUGCACAGGACGGCGAAUGGACUUUUUUUGUGUGUGUUUUUUGUCGUCGUUUUCGUAUUUUUCAUGAAAACCAAAGGCCUUUUACCCCCUCUGAGACCUUUUUUGUGUUUAUUUUACAGUCCGUACUUUUUAAAGAUCAAAUUAUACUGUGAGGUACUUCAUGUAAAUAUUCAUAAGGAGAGAAAUACCUAUUAAAAAAAGAAAAGAUAUUUUUCUACCAGAUUACUUUUUGUAAUCCAAAAAAACUAAAAAAAAAACAAACAAACAAAGAAGCAAAGAUCGAUUUGCAUCAUGUUUACAAGAGGUCCAUGUGUCUUAGCCUGGGGGAUGGGGAGCGGGUUUACCUGGAAUCACACAGGAACAUGAUGAUGAUGAUGAUGAUGAUGAUUUUUUGAAAGUAUUUGCUACUGAUUGUGUUUCCUGGAUCUGCGAAUCCACGUACUUGAAUAACGAGCGAGGCGCAAUGAGGAAAAAGUCAAUAAAAAACAAACGUUGUUGAAGCAGA